CGGUCGGAAAAGAAAGGAGAGGAGAGGAGAGGCGGGGGUGGGGGUGGAGCAGGGGGAGAGAGAAAGUAGUGGCCCGGGCGUGCACGCGCGAGGAGGGAGGGAGGCGAUGGAGGGCGCCCCGAGGGCAAGCACGCGGCGCCGCCGGCUGGUCGAGAGGGGAUCAGAUCGCCUCGCCUUCAUCACCGGCCAGACGCGCGACCUCCCCCCCGACCCCUUCCCAGACUCACCGCUUAGUUCCACUGCUUCAGCUCAGCAAUUUGGAGGUGGCUUUGGUACUAAGUCCAGCCAAUACCAGCCAACUGGUGAGCCCCGUCUACAAGCCAAGCAUAAAAGCCACAGUAGCGAAGGCGACCUACUCCAAAUGUUCAAGGCAAGCAGUGCAGUUCCUGAAAUCCAACCAGUAUAUGAGCCGCCGUUGCUGCGGAGCCGUGAUGAUGAAACGCUCAACAAGAGGACCUAUGAUUAUGCAGCAGCAAGUGUGCAGCCUAAGAGGGAGAUGGAAACGAGACCCAGAUCUGUGCCUCCGAGGGAGAUAGAAACGAGACCCAGAUCUGUGCCUCCAGCCCAGCCUAACCAAACAGACGACUCAUCAUGGUCUCUGGAAACUCUGAAGCAACUCGUGGAUUUCACGCCGCAGGAGAUUACCCAAGCUAUCUCAGCCACAGAGUUCAGCCGCUGCAUGGCAUCCAUUCUCAUUGCCUUCAUGGUGGUUCUUUCGAACUGGGGGCUGGAUGUUGGUGGCACCAUCUCCAGAGUACUGGUUUGUACGAGGCCGCUCCUGUUCCUCAUCAUAACGAAUGUAACCAUCGUCAUGUCGUUGCUGAUGGAGAACAGGGACCCCAAUGCGAGGGGCAGACAGGCUGGCAUCAGCCUUGGCUCUGAUGGCUUAGGGCUAAUGCUGGAGCUCGGGCUUCUGGCACAGAAGGCGUCUGAGGCUAUGCUGAUGGACUUCAGCAUUUGCGCUGUCAUCAUGAUUUGUUUUCUUUGAUUCUGAUCACCCUCGUCAUGUUUUCUUGGAUUUUUAAGAGAAUUUAGAUAGUUUGCAGAAGUGCAUGUAGAUUUUUUAUUUUUAUUUUUGCUAUGAUACUCUUAUGACUAUUUAUCCGAUCUUGUAACAUCUUCUCUGGCUGAAUUUUGAUUACUUCUGUACUACGGUUUCAUGUGUAUAUAUGCUUAAUACUGUUUAA